GGGAGGCUUUCUCUGCCACUUUUGCGUUGUUGUGAAUGUGAAUGUUGUUUGUUGCUACUUGUCAACACUGUUUGUUUUACUUUUUCAUUCGUUGUGUCCAGAAUAAAAACCUGCAAUUGCAUAAUUUGCUAAUUUAGGAUGGGUGACGAGGUGAGAGGUCGUGGACGUGGGCGGGGAAGAGGGGUGAGGCCCCCAGCGGCCGGGGGGCCGCCCGCAGGACCCACACAGCCCAAUCAGCCGACAAGGGGCGGAGGGGCUAGAGUGGCCCAGCCGGGGCCAGCACCACAGGCGGGGCUGCCGGGGCGGGCCACCACCAGUCGUGGCAGGCAGCAGGCAUCUGGGGGCAGCGAUGAGCUCACUUCAGCCAUGAGAGGACUCGCUGUCAAACAGGAAGUCACAACCGCUGGCCCUUCAGGUUCUGGAGAUACAAUUGGUAGAGGCGCUUUGCGAGGCACUCGAACCAUAGAAAGACCAACGUUCAUCCGUACUAAGCCGGAUAGUUGCGCAAACAAACAAGGUGUGACUGGUCAGAAGGUGGUCUGCACAGCCAACUAUUUCGCUAUCGAAACGAAAGCAGAUUGGCACCUGUACCAGUACCGGGUUGACUUCAACCCCGAGGAAGACCGCACCAUUAUCAAGCGUGGGCUGCUGUCCAAUCAUCGCGCUCAAUUGGGCGGCGGAUUUGUAUUCGACGGAACCAUGUUAUUCACCCAUCAACGUCUGGCACCUGAUCCAAUGGAACUAGUGUCAAAGAGGAAGCACGAUGAUCAAUUCAUAACGAUGACUGUGCGCAUGGUGGAUAAAGACGCCAUCAAGUAUGGAGAUCAAACCUAUCUCCAAGUGCUGAACAUCGUCGUCAGAAAAUGUAUUGCCAAUUUGGAUAUGAUUCUAUUGGGGCGCAACUACUAUGAUCCAAAAGCUAAAAUAACAAUUCCUGAAUUCAGCCUUGAGUUGUGGCCUGGAUAUCUAACUUCGAUGCGCCAACAUGAACAUUCUUUCCUACUUUGUGUGGAAAUAAUCCACAAAGUGCUGCGUAAAGAUACGGCUUAUGACCUGCUGAAUUCAGCCCAGCAGAGAGUCCGCAACUACCAGGACAUAUUCAGAAAUGAAAUGAUCGGUCAAGUGGUAUUGACCGAUUAUGGUAACACCGCCACUUACAAAGUGGAUGACGUGGAUUUCACCUCAAACCCUGACACCCCUUUCGACAUGAAAGGAGUCAAGACUACCUACCGCGACUACUACUACUCGAAAUACGGUUUGAAAAUUAAAGAUUGCAGACAGCCGCUGUUGGUGUCGAGGCCGAAGGCGAGAGACGAGCGUGGCGGCCGCGAUACUCCCAUCUUUCUGGUGCCUGAGCUCUGCCGCAUGACUGGCAUCACCGACGAAAUGAGAAACAACCAGAACCUGAUGCGCGCGAUGGCAGACAGAACCAGGAUGGACUCUCGCACUCGCCAAGAGAGACUAAUGGUCUUCCAGAAGAGAUUCACUCAGACUCCCAAGAAUGCGGAGGAGCUUAAGAAUUGGAAUCUGAGUCUAUCGAAGAAUUUGGUGUCUAUGAACUCGAGAAUUCUGCCACCAGAGAGAGUGCUGUUUGGUGGUGGAAACGCAGUGACUUUGGAACGCGGCCCAGACUGGACGAACAAUUUCAGAAACUGUAGUCUGCUGGCCACAUCGGCCAUCUCGAAUUGGGUGGUGGUUGGCCUGAGCAACGCCCAAAGGGACAUCCAGGAGUUUGUCUCGCUGCUGCAGAAGUCAGCCCGAGGAAUGGGCCUGCGCAUUGACCAGCCCCAAUGGAUGAACUUGGACGACGACAGAGUGAACUCGUGCGUGGGAGUGCUGGACAGAGUGCUGUCUCGAGACUUGCCGCAGAUCAUUCUUUUUCCAGUUUCCAACAAUCGCGCUGACCGUUACAGUGCCAUCAAGCGCAAGACUUAUGUCGACAGGGCAGUGCCGAGUCAGGUGGUUGCGUUGAGGACACUGCGCAAGAAGGGCCUGAUGUCGAUUGCCACCAAAGUGGCCAUUCAAAUGUCGUGCAAAAUCGGUGGUUCGCCGUGGUCGGUGGACAUCCCGAUCAAGAGCACAAUGGUGAUCGGAUAUGAUGUGUGCCACGACGCAAAGCAGAAGACAAAGUCGUACGGCGCACUGGUGGCCUCGCUGAACGCAUCGUGGUCGCGCUAUUACAGCAGCGUCACCCACCAUCAGCACGGUGAGGAGAUCUUCAAGGAUCUCCCAAUGAACAUUAUCAAAGCUAUCACCAAGUACCAGCAGCACAACGAAAAUCAGCUGCCGAACCGACUUCUCAUCUACCGCGACGGAGUGGGCGAAGGCCAGGUGAACAAGGUCUUCAGUCGUGAAGUGGAGGAUGUUGUCAACGCUUUGCAGGCUACGUACGGUGAGCAGGCGCCGAAGAUGGCGUUCAUAAUAGUGACGAAGAGGCUGAACUCUCGCAUUUUCCUGGGCAACGAGAACCCACCAGCGGGGACUGUGGUGGAUGAUGUGAUCACCUGCCCGGAGAAGUAUGACUUCUUCUUGAUUCCACAGUCGGUGCGCCAGGGCACGGUCAGCCCCGCCGGGUACAACGUCAUCUAUGACAAGUCGGGACUCUCUGCUGAUCACAUGCAGCGCAUAACUUACAAGUUGUGCCAUCUGUACUUCAAUUGGUCGGGCACAGUUCGUGUACCGGCUCCCUGCCAAUAUGCUCACAAACUGGCCUUCCUGUGCAGUCAAAAUCUGCACGGAAUCCCUAAUGAAGACUUGAGCGAUCUCCUCUACUUUUUGUAGACGAGACUACAAAAAGUAGUACAUGUCACUCUUCCAAAGACUGUCUUUUUCGUAAGAUUGAACGAGUACCACCACUAUACGGACCAAAUAAACGCGACCGAAUCCCAGUUUUUAGUUUUAUGUUAUAACAGAACGCACGGUCUUUUAUGGGGUAGGCUAUACCAGACUAGUCUAGACUCUUGUCUGCGCCAAAACUAGUCAUCUUGGGCAGACUAACAGGGUAGACUAGACUCGUCCCAUAGUCUGUCCCAUACAGGCCGUGCAUUCUGUAACUAUCAAAUAAGCGCAAAAAGUUAAUUCGGUUCGUAUAAAUCUCAAGGAAUGAUAGGAGGAGUGAGUGAUAAUUGAUUCAAACAUAUGUUGUAUGUUGUGAUACCACAAAUGUGCCUUGAUCGCACUCAUACGUGAGUGUUUAUCAAAUACCCUAUAAGUGUCAUUGUUUUUCAUUGCUUAUCUUUAAUCAACAGAUUUUAUACUUGCUUUAUAAUAUUGCUUUACAGCAACAUUCCUUUAGAAUUGUUUUUAUUGUAGAAGAAUAUUUUCAAAUAGAAAAUAAGUUGCUGGUUGGAAAUAAUCGAAAAAAUUGUAAGAUUUGCUUAUGAAAAACUGUAAGAUCUACAGUAAUGUAUAAUGGCAUGCCUUCAGUUUAAAAGCCAGUUGUGUUCUUCAUAUUGAAGAGGAAUAUUUUUAUACUCUAUCAAACACUUGAUAGAAACUACUGUUUUUUUUUCUUGAAUCACUACUUUUUGAAUAUCUACUUCUAUAGGAGUUAGUCGAUUAUUUACAAUACGUGAUGGGAAUCCUAUUUGUGCUCUCUGAGGUACUUAUUAGCAGAAGUAUUGUUAUUAGAUUUGAGUAGAUAUAUUAGCAGAAGCAGAAUAUAUCAAAUCUUCAUUUGAUUGUUGGAUUUGUGAUCUUCAAAUGAUCUCUUCCUCAAGUUUAAGAUUGAAAGACCUAAAUAUUUUAUCGUAUUCGUUCAAAUUUGAUUUGAGAAGAGGAUUAUUCACUAUGAAAAGUAUGUUCAAUUUCUCUUAAAGCUAUGAGUAAUAGCUGUU